AUGGAGAAUCUAUUGUAUGGUCAUUCGAUUCUAUUUGCGGAGGGUCAAUUCUCAGAUGAGGUCAAAGACAUUUUGAGUGAAAGAAUCAUCGGGAUAGGUGGUCAGGUCACUUCCCAGCGAGAAGGCUCCACGAUCCUACUCGCCAACCCCGCUCAUCCCUCCUACAAACAAGAAAUCGACCAUAUCUCCUUUCUCCAAAAAACGUAUCCUGACAUUCUCCAACCGGAGAUCAAACCCUAUCAUUGGAUUGCCAACAUAUAUUAUUUGGAGACAAUUCUGCCUGUGGAAGAUCUACCAAUCGUAUCGCCCAUUUUCGUUCAUCCGUCAAAGGUAGAUGAUCAUCGACCCAUCAAAGCAUGGGUCUCAGUCAAUGUGACGAGAGAACAAGACGAGACUCCCCUACAAGCUCGCGAUAACCUCACAGUCAAGCUUGAAUGCGCAGGUGCGAUCAGCGUUACCAAAAGGGCAUCGGCGGAUCUGCUGGUAGUGGACGAAUCGAGUGAUUUUGCCAAGAAAGUUUGGGACGAAAAAAGGAAAUAUAAAAGAUCAUGGCAGAGAAUCGUAGAAAGAGAUUGGGUCGAUGAUUGUUUGAAGAAGAGAAGACUUGACUGGAGGAUAACGAAUAGUCAUAAAGGAGGAGACAGUGAUAAUGAGAGUUUUGUAGAGGAUGAUACGGCUCUGGACAGGAGAACCGAUGGAAAGAAAGGCCCUGGAAGACCGGCCGGAGGUCAAAGAGUAGACUAUACCCCGCAAGAUGACGAUUUCCUAUGUCGAUACUUGGCAGCUCAUUAUCCGACAGGUGCAUGGAGCAGUCGAAAGACAUAUCAGAAUUUGGUAUCAUCAGUCAACUACUCCCUGGCUGAUCGUCAUACGCCGCAAUCAUGGCACGAGCGAUACAGAAAGAAUUCCAUCCAGUUUGAAAAGCGGGUCAGAGGAUACAUCAGAGAUGAGAUUGAUAUAACACUGAAAACUAGGUUGGAGAGGGAAAGAGUGAAAGCGAAAUCGGCGAAACCUGCUGAAUGUCAGAUCGCGGUUAAUGAUGACCAUACGACAUCUCGAGUCAAUGAAGCUGGACCAUCCCGCACUGAUGGAACGGUACUAUUCGCAUCUCCAUCGCCAACUCGGCGGGGAAAGAAGAAACUUGUACAAUCAGAUGAUGAAGAUUCCGUCCCUCUUGCUCAAGCAUCUAGCAAAGGAAAGGAAGCCCAGUCUACGGGGAGUGCAAUCUCAGAUGAUAAUCACGUGAUACCCGGAGCAGGACGAUCUGUUGCUGUAUCUUCCACUGCGACGACUGCAAUAUCAGCAUCGGAGAACGGACCGCCUGUGACCGGCAAUGGAGAACUCGUGCCGUCACUCAUGCCUACCGCGGAUCAGCCUGAGAAGGUUGCUGUCGCUGAGAACGAGAAUGAAAGCCUAUUGAGAGACUUGAUACCUAGUGGAAGCCAACUACCAUUGGCGACUCCUGCUGGGCAAGGUGAAGAUGGAAGCUCGAGGACAAGAGCGGUCGAAGGGAAUCUUGAUAACAGGACAGCAAAAAAUGCCUCGACCAUCUCUCGCAACGAAUCAAUCACCGAGACAAAUAAGGAUGAAGAGAGUCAAAUAGGAGAAGCUACCCAAGCUAUAUUAGCUGAUUUCGCCAAAGCGCAACAAGCCGCAACACAGCAAAGGGAAAAUAGACCUGAAAGAGACCAAAUUGCUCUUACGCCUAGAAAACCUGUCAGGGUCGACGGAGAAGCGACAACAAUUUUACCACCUGAGAUUGAUGUCGCAUCAUCUGUACCCAAGCCAUCAGAUGGCAAUGUCACCUCUGAGCAACAACUCCCAAUGGCCCAGAAUGCCCAGUCUCCACCUGUCAAUAUCGUUCUCAGUCCACCUAAACGAUUUCUCCAAGCUGCUUCAUCUGCUCCUUUGGAAAUUGGCGGGAUCUCACCGAGUUAUACACCCGCAAUGUCGAUUCCUCUCCAGCAAGUAGUGGACAUACGAGCUGUAGCGGUCGAACAAGGGACAUCUCAACCUACCACCACUGCUAAAGCAAUCGAAGCUGGACCUUCCACCGCUCAACUCACCACCCCUCAACGUACCGACCAACCGCCAGAGACACUCACAUCGACAUCGACAUCGACAAGCAGGAGUAAACGAAAAUCUCUAUUGCAUGAACACCUGAUCGCGUCUGCAUCCAAAAAAAGUCGACGGCGUGAAACACCAGAUCGACCUUCACGUGGACAUAGACAGAUUGCCGUCGACGACGAAGAUGAAUCUGAACCCGAUAUGGUAUUUAGAGAAACGUCUAUCCCACCAAGGCCAGUUAGAAUCACCCCAUCAAUCCCUUCUUCACCUGUUCCUGAUUCCCAACGACCUGCGACGAGAGAACCUAGUCCACCUCUGAGUAAUGCGGAAAAACACGAGAAAGCUUUAAGCGGCAAAGCAUUGAUGGAAAGGAAUAUACAAGCUUAUAAAGAUAGGAUAGUAACUCUGGCGAAGAGGUAUGGAAUGACGACCAGUGAGAUCAUUGCGUUUAUUAAUAAUGGGAGUGCAAAUGGGAAGAAGUCGAGAAAUAGUGGUGAAAGGUAUUGGGAAGAGAUUGAAAGGGGUUUAAAGGAGAGGCAAUGA